AUGCCUCAUCCCAAGCAUCAUCACUCUCAUCAUCUCACCGUCAAGGAGAUCAAAAAGAUCUUCUCGCACCAUGAUGACACCAAAAGUGGACGCAUUUCAAGAGAUGAGGCCAAGGCCGCUCUAAAAGAAGUUGGAUCUCAUCAUCAUCGUCAUCACAAAAAUGACUUUGAGAACGAGUUCAACAAAUUGGCCAAGCGUCACUCCAAGCAUGAUCAUCAUCACAUCACGUUUGCUGAUUUCUUGCACUUUGUUCAUCCCGCCGAAGGAGUGCAUCAUCACAAACAUCACAAAAAGAUCACAAGGCUUCAAGCUCGUCUUCAAGCUCUUCUUCAUCGUCUUCAUCGUCAAGCAGCUCAUCGGACUCUUCUUCUUCUUCUUCAUCUUCAUCGUCGAGCAGCAGCUCCGAAUCUGAACCAGAGCACAAACAUGGAAAGCAUCAUCACAAGAAACACCAUG